GUUUUGCAGCAGCGAAGGGCGACGAGAUGGAGCCCCUCCUUUGGCUCCUCCUCCUUUCCUUGGCCCCACCCACUUUUCCCACGCCGUCGGAUUUUACCUACAGCGCCCCCAACCGUCCGGAGGUCCGAACUACAACCGGCUCCAUCCGGGGCCUUUUAGUCCCUGCCGGUCCUCCCGGUGUCAUGGCGGCCGCCUUUUUAGGGAUCCCAUAUGCGAUUCCCCCUAUAGGGUCGCUCCGUUUCCGCCCUCCCGUCCCUAUAACAACCCCAUGGGGGGGGGUUAGAGAUACAGACACUCAGCCCUACGCGUGUUAUCAGAUGAUUGACACCACGUUCCCGGGGUUUGAGGGCUCGGAGAUGUGGAAUCCUAAUAGGGAAAUGAAUGAGGAUUGCCUAUAUCUUAAUGUAUGGACCCCAAAGAGGAAACCCUAUAAGGCCCCGGUGCUGGUGUGGGUCUAUGGGGGCGGCUUCUAUAGCGGCUCGGUGUCGUUGGAUGUCUAUGACGGCCGGUACCUGGCCGUGGCUGAGGACGCCAUAGUGAUAUCCAUGAACUAUAGGGUGGGAUCUAUAGGGUUCUUGGCCUUGGUGGGAUAUAGGGACGCCCCGGGGAACGUGGGUCUAUGGGAUCAACGUUUGGCCUUACAAUGGAUCCGGGUUAACGCUGAAGCCUUUGGUGGGGACCCCAAUAGGGUCACGUUGUUUGGGGAGAGCGCCGGGGCUGCGUCUAUAGGGCUGCACCUAUUGUCACCCUAUAGCAAGGGGUUGUUUAAUAGGGCCGUCCUACAGAGCGGGUCCCCCAACGGCCCCUGGGCCACUAUAGGGGCGGCCGAAGGGAGGAGGAGGGCGGCCCUAUUGGGGAAGGCUGUGGGGUGCCCCUAUGGGAACGAGACGGAGCUUGUGGGGUGUUUGAAGGGGGUGGACGCCUUGAGGUUGGUGGAGGGGGAAGGGGAAGUUCUGCCACCCCAAAGCGUUUUUAGGUUCGCCUUCGUCCCCGUAGUGGAUGGGGAGUUCCUCAUUGACAGCCCCGAGGUGAUGUUAGGGGCAGGUUAUGGGGCUGGGGGGGGUUAUGGGGUCAGAGAGGGGCCGGAGGGUUAUUAUAUGGGGACCCCCCCCGUUAUGUUGGACCCCCCCCUUUAUUUGUGCGGGAACCCCGCCAUAAUUUAG